UCCAUCAGAUUCAUGAACAACAUGGAACCCAGAAACCAGACAGUAUUUUCAGAAUUCUUUCUCCUAGGAUUGACAGAUGAUCCAGAACUACAGCCCCUCCUCUUCAAUCUGUUCCUGUCCACGUACCUGGUCACCAUCCUGGGAAAUCUGCUGGUCAUCCUGGCUGUCAUCUCUGACUCCCACCUCCACUCCCCUAUGUACUUCUUCCUCUCCAACCUGUCCUUUACGGACAUCUGUUUAAGCACAACCACCAUCCCAAAGAUGCUGGUGAACAUCCAAGCACAGAUUCAGAGCAUCAGUUAUACAGGCUGCCUCACCCAGGUCUGCUUUGUCUUGGUUUUUGUUGGUUUGGAAAAUUUUCUCCUUGCAGCAAUGGCCUAUGACCGCUAUGUGGCUAUCUGCCAUCCCUUGAGGUACACCGUUAUUAUGAAUGCCCAACUCUGUGGCCUGCUGACAGUGCUCUCCCUGCUCAUUAGCAUUGCCAAUGCCCUGCUCCACAGCCUGAUGGUGCUACGAUUAUCCUUCUGUACAGACCUGAACAUCCCCCACUUCUUCUGCGAGCUUGCUCAAGUUGUCAAGCUUGCCUGUUCUGAUACUUUCAUCAAUAAUAUCUUGGUGUAUGUUUUGGCUUGCUUACUUGGGGGUGUUCCUCUCUCUGGAAUCAUUUUCUCUUACACUCAAAUUUUCUCCUCUGUUUUGAGAAUGCCAUCAGAUAGUGGAAAGUAUAAAGCUUUCUCCACCUGUGGGUCUCACCUGUCAGUUGUGUCCUUGUUCUAUGGGACGGCUGUUGGAGUGUAUGUUAGUUCCGCAGUUAGUGACUCUUCCAGGAGGAAUACUAUGGCUUCCGUGAUGUACAUUGUGAUUCCUCAAAUGAUGAACCCCUUUAUUUACAGUCUGAGAAAUAGUGACAUGCAGGGUGCCUUGAAGAAACUGGCCAGAAGGAUACCUUCUUUCCUGUGA